CACAUAAAGCUAUUUUCUCUUUUCAACUUCCACAACCCACUCUAAUUACAUGACUUACAAAAAGCGUUGUCACUUCAAAUACAUGUUAUAUGACAUAUCAUUUCUCCCUCCUUAUAAAAUAAACCAGAUCAAGAAAACAAUUCAUUGAGAAAACAAAUCAAAACAUUAUUGUUAAAACUCAACAAGUAAAAAAAAAAUGGGGAACAUUACUACUGCAACCCGAACAGUGUUACUGCUUGUCAUUACAAUUAUAAUGGCGAUUGCGUAUCAUGGAGAAGCCAUAGCAUGUCCGCAGGUAAAUAUGUACUUAGCACAAUGUUUGCCUUAUCUAAAAGCUGGAGGAACUCCUUCGCCAAUGUGCUGCAACGGACUUAAUAGUCUAAAAGCUGCUGCUCCUGCCAAAGCCGAUAGACAAGUAGCUUGCAAUUGCUUGAAGAGUGUAGCUAAUACAAUCCCUGGUAUUAAUGAUGAUUAUGCCAAACAACUACCUGCUAAAUGUGGUGUUAAUUUGGGGGUCCCUUUCUCUAAGACUGUGGACUGUAACAGCAUAAACUGAAGUGUGACUACCAACGGCCAUGCAGCUACAAUAAAGUGGAUUAUACUAAAAGAACAAAAGCAUCAUGAACAGAUUAAACGGAUACUCAGUAUAUUUAUCUUCUGACCAUAUAUUUUCUAGAUGUAAAUCAUAUAUAUAGUUCUUGGCAAAUAACAUGUGAUAUUCCCACAUAUACAUUUUCCUCUUUACA